AUGCGUCGAGUUCGCGAACCGCCGAGCCUGCGCAACGCUCUGGAAAACUUUAAAGUUGCUUCCAAAGAGGCGACGCGAGCGCGCGGCAGAGCCUGGAGCGUCUAUGAGGGCUGGCCGCCGCGAUCGCGCAUCCCCGUCGGAGACGAGCACUCAAAGUUCGGACCCCUGAAGAGGCGCGCCUUCGUCUUCAACCGCGUGAACGGCACGGGGCGGCGACGCGAGGCAACGCUGGCGAUAUGCUGCGGAAACAAGCCUGUGUUGCUGCUGAGCGAAGUCGAGUUCGAGGCGCUAGUCGAGAAAUUGCCCUGGAUCAAACACGAAAUGUCGGAGUUCAAGAAACUCCUGUGA